ACGGGGAGGUGCUUAGAGCCGGGGCUCGGACGGCUCGGCAGCGGGGUUUGUGCAGCCGUCCGGCCGGCGGGCUCGCCUCGCCCGCUCCAUGCCCCUGGGGUCGGGGGCGUUCGCCAUGGCCGAGGCGGGGGCCGAGGAGGAGCAGCAGAAAGCGGCGGCAGCAGAUAAUCUUGUGAUGGAAGGGAGCCAAUGUGUUCCCUCUGCAGUCUCCAGCCUUAUGAAUCCAAUAACCAACCCUGCCACUGCCUGUUCAUUCAACACAUUUACUGUUGAGUUUCCAAAAAAGCGCAAAGGAAGUGAUUUUGAUAACCAGAGUAAAGAUGGAGAACAUGUAAAAAUUAAAUAUUUCAGGGAAGCUCAUAGUCAAACAGAAAAACGAAGAAGAGAUAAAAUGAAUAAUUUGAUAGAAGAAUUAUCUGCUAUGAUACCUCAGUGCAAUCCUAUGUCACGUAAAUUAGACAAACUUACAGUAUUACGAAUGGCUGUGCAGCAUUUCAAAUCAUUAAAAGGUUCUACCAGUUCUUAUGCAGAAGUUCAAUAUAAGCCUUCAUUUUUACAGGAUAGUGAGCUGAAACAGUUAAUCCUUAGGGCUGCAGAUGGGUUCCUGUUUGUGGUUGGAUGUGAUAGAGGAAAAAUUCUUUUUGUCUCUGAAUCAGUCUGCAAGAUACUAAAUUAUGAUCAGGCCAGCUUGAUUGGACAAAGUUUAUUUGACUACUUGCAUCCAAAAGAUGUUGCCAAAGUGAAGGAGCAACUAUCAUCUUCAGAUGCUUCACCAAGAGAAAAGCUUAUAGAUGCCAAAACUGGUUUGCAAGUACAUAUGGAUUUUCAAGCUGGAUCAACUCGACUGCAUUCUGGUGCUCGGCGUUCCUUCUUCUGUCGGAUAAAGUGUAGUAGGAUCACAGUCAAGGAAGAAAAUAAAUGCUUGCCCAAUGCAAAGCAGAAAGAGCACAAAAAGUACCGUACAAUCCAUUGUACUGGCUAUCUGAAGAGCUGGCCUCCUACCAAGGUGGGAGUGGAAGAGGAGAAUAGUGCAGAAAAAGACAGCAGUAACUUUAACUGUCUUGUUGCAGUUGGGAGAUUGCAUCCUUAUAUUGUUCCACAAAAGAGUGGUGAGAUAAAGGUCAAACCAACAGAAUUUGUUACACGCUUUGCCAUGGAUGGAAAAUUUGUUUAUGUAGACCUACGUGCAACAGCAAUUUUAGGGUAUCUGCCGCAAGAGCUUCUAGGAACUUCUUGUUAUGAGUACUUCCAUCAAGAUGAUCACAAUCAUCUAGCUGAUAAACACAAAGCAGUGUUGCAGAGUAAAGAAAAAAUAUUUACAAACUCCUACAAAUUCAGAGCGAAAGAUGGAACUUUCAUUACAUUGAUGAGUCAAUGGUUUAGUUUCAUCAAUCCAUGGACCAAAGAACUGGAGUACAUUGUAUCAACCAACACUGUAGUGUUGGGUCACAAUGAGUCAGGAGAAGAAGCAUUACUACCCUGUAGUUCCCAGUCCUCAGAAGAUACUUCAAAGCAAUCUUUUCCCAGUGUACCUGGGAUGCCCACUGGAACAGUACUUGGUGCCGGAAGCAUAGGAACUGAGAUUGCAAAUGAAGUAUUAAACUUAGAAAGGUUACAUUGUUCUCCAUCUGUUGGUGAGUUAAGUCCGUCUGAUCUUAUGAGGAAAUCUUCUCCAACUUUAACUCCAACAUGCGGCAAUGUGCCAAAUAAAGAGCUGAUUCAGUUAUGUCCUUCAGAAAUGGAGGACUUGGAGACCUUGGGGCAAAAUCAGGGCACGGUUCCAUUCCCAAGUAAUGAACCUCUUCUCAGUGACAGUUGCCAGUUGGAUUUUGAUGCAAUGUGUGAAAAUGAUACUGCCAUGGCUUCUUUCAUGAAUUACUUGGAAGCUGAAGGAGGCCUUGGAGAUCCAACAGAGCUCAGUGAUAUACCAUGGACUCCCUAGUGGUUCUUUUUUAUACAAAUGAGAAGAAUGUAAAAUUCUGUAAUGCACAACAACCGCACAUCCUCAAGUACUGUAUUGGUCAUUUUUAAGGUUUU